GUGGUUCACUCAAGGACAAACACAUUCUGACUCGCCACGGAGAGCAUGCGAAGGAGAUUUGAUUCAGAUUUGACAAACGCGGUGUCUGUGGAUUUAUUUGUUCGAAGAGUUUCCCAAAUGGGAAUAAGAAGGAUCUCCACACAAGGCAAUGAGCCCAUCAGACCUUCCUCCAUCAUUAAAAUUCUGUAAUUACACACCUGCCACCAUCAAGACCACCACCUGCUUUCUCCAGAUGUCCCAGCAAACAUGGGUAGUGUCAGCAGUUUGAUAUCAGGCCAUAGCCUUCACAGCAAACACUGCAAAGCCUCUGAAAACAAACUCAAAAAGGGGCUUCAGUCUAAGAAAACAGGCCGUAGCUUGGAUGGCCUUCUGAAGUAUGGCUUCUCUCAGGACCAUUGCACCACCAACAACAACUCAAAAGUCAGCUAUCAUUCAGGCAAAAACGAUGACUUCUUUUACAUCAAGGUCAGCAACAAGCCCCGAGCUGCUCAACAUAACAUUAAUACAGCUGAAGACAGUCAAGGAAGAACAGCUGAAAUGGACAAUGAGGUGGACAGGAGAAGAGGGCCACCAGAAUUAGUUCCGCUGUCUGGAAAACUAGAAAAGAGUGUAGAGAACGCCUUGAUUCGGCCGACCGCCUUUAAACCUGUUCUUCCUCGAAGCAGCAGUUCCUUGGUGGAGACUCAUAACAACUUGAGCACUAUCCUGGGCAAGAGAAUUAGUCCCAUAGACAGGCUCAAAGAUCUUCAGGACCCCAAGCUGGAGACAAAUUCUGGUACCUUCUCUGACUCUGGAAGGAACUCUAUGUCCAGCCUGCCUACCCACAGCACCAGUGGCAGCAGCCAGAUGGACAACCUAAGCACUUCAACUAAUCACAUGGUGCGCCAUGGAGGCCUUAGCCAAAACAUGGAAACAUCUCAGAACCCACAGGGGGCUGUAGCUGGAAUGAAUGGAAACUCUGGAUCCAGUAGGAUGUGUAGUGGGACUAAUGGAAACAGUUGGGCCGAUGGAUUUUGUGAAACAAACAGAAGUGGCGAGUCCACAAACGGCAACACAAGAUCCAUUGGUGUCCUCAGUGAAAGUGUGGCAGCUGCAAUAAGUUUGAACAGAGAAAUAACUGCUGCAGCACUGACAGUCUCAUCCACGGAGCAAAAGAUUGAUUUCUCUGGAAACCAAGAGCAGUUUCUUGAACACAGAUUUACAAUUUCAGAGCAAAACCCCAAACCAUCAGCCUCUGGGGGCUGUGUCCGAUCACCAAUUUCAAUGAAUGAAUCACUAAUACAGCAGCUGGAGCACAAACUUCUGGAACGUGAAACUGAGCUGGCAGAGUUACAAACGAGCCUUGAGGAGAAGGAGUCAGACACAUGUCAGCUAUUUGAGGAGAAGCAACGCUACUGUGCAGAGGAGAUGGAGGGGUUGAAACAACGCUGUUCUACAAAACUUCGUCAAGUGUCCCAGAGGGCUUUGAGAGCCCAACAGUUAUUGCAACUUCAGGUGAUACAACUUCAACAGGACAAGGAACGUCUGCAGGAGGAAGUGGACCAGCUAAAUCGUGACAGGGACACUGCAGAAAGCCGACUUCGAAUCUAUGAGAGCCAGAGAAACCUUGUACCUACACUAGAAGAGACUCAGUGGGAGGUGUGCCAGAAGUCAGGUGAGAUUUCUCUGCUGAAGCAGCAACUUAGGGACUCCCAAGCCGAUGUUGGGAACAAACUCAGUGAGAUUGUCAGUCUCAAAGCUUCUCUGAAGGAGUCCAAAUGCAAGAUGGAAGAACUGGAACAGAAGAUCAAGGAGUAUGAGGAAGCUCUUCACCAGCGGUGCGCUGAGGUCGAGGUAUCUAAGAAUGAGUUUCAAAGAAAGAAGAAUGAGGCUGACCUCCUCAGGGAGAAGGUAAACAUGCUGGAAACAGACAUCAAGGGCAUGAAGCAGGACCUAGCAUUGGCCAAAGAGGAGCAACAGAAGCUAAUGACCAUGAGAGCCAAGGUUGAGGAGCAACAGCUGCAACUGAAGAUAAGCCAAGCUCGGAUGGAGGCCUUUGGUGCUAGUCAAGCCAAAUCAAAAUCCCAGGAGGGAACAGGUGCCAGUAAAAUACUACAUCAUAAUGGCUUGGAUACCCUACACAAGGAGGUAGAAAGGCUGAGAGGGGAACUGAAGGAAGAGAAGCAAAAGAAACAUAAGAUGAUGAAUAGCUUCCAGCAAGAGAGACAAACAUGGAAUAAAGAGAAAGACAAAGUAAUCAAAUACCAAAAGCAGUUGCAGUACAAUUAUCUGCAGAUGUACAGAAAGAACAAGGACCUGGAGAAGAUUCUGAAGGAGCUAACGGCUGAGAUGGAUAGUCGGACAGAGAUGGACAUAGACAGCCAUAGCUCUGACCUGAACUUUGAUAAAGUUGUAGCCACAGAGAUAUGAGGUCAUAGAGGAUGAACGUUUUCACAAUUAACCGAAUGGUCUUAAAAGGAUGAAUGUACUAGUGGGCGGAAUUCACAAAGCAAAAUUUAAAGAGAGAAACAUAACGUCACAGAAGAUUUUGAGAUGUCAGGAGAUGCUCGAAACUUAAGAAUAUAACAUCACCUGUACAGACCACAAAAAGCUUUUCUCCUUUUAGAUUGAUCACUUAAUUAAAAAUAUUAGGAUGUCAGCCAUGUGUAUCCCAAUUAAAGAUGCAGUAAGCGAUUUUGUCAAUUAGAA